GGGAAGGUGGGGGAAAACGUCAACCGUGUAUGAAAUGAAAAAUCCUGUUAUUUUUUUUAACAUGACGAUGUAUUGACGUUUUUCUCUCGUGUUCCACGAAUAAUUCGACUCACAUCUGUUGCUUCGGUUGAGGUUUUCCUCAAGGAGCAGUCAGAAAAUUCUCUGUCUACAUACAUACAAGAAAAUAAUGUGAUACAAAUCUACAAAUCUUCUGCAAUGUACCUUUUACCAAUAAUUCCAUUGUGUGUGAUAUUUUGUGUCGGUACCACGUUAAGUACUCCCGUCCCAGAGUACGAGAAGUUCCUGGAGAAUCCUAGAUACCUGAACUACGAUGAGCUCACUAAUCUAUUCAGAAAGCUGGAGACUGAAAACACUGGUCUGGUGAAGCUACACACUAUUGGUAGGUCUGUGAAAAACCGAGAGCUAUGGGCCCUAGAAAUCAACUCAAAUGUGAAUAACCGCACGCUGCUUACACCAAUGUUCAAAUAUGUGGCCAAUAUGCAUGGGGAUGAAGCCAUCGGCAGACAACUGAUGGUUUAUUUAGCUGAGUAUCUGAUAUACAAUUAUGGCAAAGUUGAGAGAGUAACAAGGCUUAUGAAUACUACAGAUAUAUUCCUAAUGCCCUCGAUGAAUCCUGAUGGGUUUGAAAACUCAGAGGAGGGGCAGUGUGAAUCAAAAGAUAGAUAUGUAGGUAGGGAAAAUGAAAAUCAUGUAGACUUAAACAGAGAUUUUCCAGAUCAGUUUGAACCUCAAAGAGCUGGGACUCUACUGUCUGGCAGGCAACCAGAAACAAUAGCACUAAUGACUUGGAUUAUCUCAAGACCAUUUGUACUUUCUGGUAACCUUCAUGGAGGAGCUGUUGUUGCUAGUUAUCCAUUUGAUGAUACAAGUGCCCAUAGAACAUGUUGUGUGGAAAGUCGCUCGCCUGAUCACGAUCUGUUCAAGAAGUUGGCGUUAACUUACGCCGAAAAUCAUCAGUUGAUGAAAAAAGGUGAUGCCUGCAGCAAUGAAAAUUUCGACAAGGGCAUAACGAAUGGAGCUUAUUGGUAUGAAGUCAAAGGUGGCAUGCAAGACUUCAACUAUAUCCAUUCAAACUGCUUUGAGGUGACAUUCGAGCUAAGUUGUUGCAAGUUCCCAUUCGCAAAAGAACUGCCUCAAGAGUGGAAAAACAACAAAGAGGCGUUGCUCUCCUUCAUGGAGGCUGUGCAUUGGGGUGUAAAAGGAUUGGUUAGGACAGAAGGAGGGGAUGCUGUAUUAGACGGGGACGUUGUGGUUGUGGGGCUAGGUCACAACGUGACUACCUCCAAUAGGGGGGAGUAUUGGAGAAUGCUGCUGCCAGGGAAGUACGAAAUGUACGCAGUGGCCUAUGGGUUUCUCCCAUCAGAACGAGUGACUGUAGUGGUGGAAGAAGGCAAGACCACCAUCCAGAACUUUACACUGAAACACGAGCCCGUCGAACAAGGUAACUUCAAGGAUUUGAGGUCCGUUGAUACAGAUCCUUUUGAUGAGUAUGGCUUCGUAAUACACGAUAAUUCCAUAUUCAAACAUCACAACUACGAUGAACUAACUAGGUAUCUACAAUUCUAUCAUACCAUGUAUCCCAAUAUUACCAAACUGCAUUCUAUAGGAAAAUCUGUGCAAGGGCGAGAACUUUGGGUUUUUGUUAUCAGCAAUACACCAAAUGAACAUGUUGCUGGCAAGCCUGAGUUUAAAUACAUAGGAAAUAUGCACGGAAAUGAAGUAGUGGGGCGAGAAAUGCUCUUGUAUUUAAUCAAAUAUUUAUGUGAAAGAUACGGAAUAGAUGAAAGAAUAACGAAGCUUUUAAACACUACCAGGAUACAUUUAUUGCCAAGCAUGAAUCCUGAUGGCUAUGAAAUCUCAAAGGAAGGUGACGCUUCCAGUCUUAUUGGACGCAACAAUGUAAACGGUUAUGAUCUCAACAGGAAUUUCCCUGAUCAGUACUGGACAAAUAAAUACAAUGAAAUAAUUCAACCUGAAACACAAGCUGUGAUGGAUUGGACGCUUUCAGAACCAUUUGUUUUGUCAACCAAUCUGCAUAAUGGUGCUUUAGUAGCUAACUACCCGUUUGAUGAUACUGCAAGUGGAUCAACUAUCGAGAACUUGUCACCAGAUGACAGGGUUUUCAAGUACCUGGCGCAUACAUAUUCUAACGCACAUAGAACUAUGCACGAUGGAGUGCCGUGUCCGAUGUUUCCGAAAGAACAUUUCCAAGGUGGCAUCACAAAUGGUGCGAAGUGGUACAGCGUGACAGGAGGAAUGCAAGAUUGGAACUACCUCGUGGCUGGAUGCAUGGCUCUGACGAUAGAAAUCGGCUGUUACAAGUAUCCUUAUGCCAAAGACUUACCGCUGUAUUGGAUGGAUAAUAAAGAAGCUCUUGUUACAUUUAUUGAACAGGUACAUAGAGGAGUGUCAGGAUUUGUGGUUAGUACAAUUGGAAGACCUAUUCAAAAUGCCGAGAUUAUAGUUGAAGGUAUCAAUCACGUGGUACGAACGGCAAAAUAUGGUGAUUAUUGGAGGAUACUGCUACCAGGGAAUUACAACAUAACUGUGGCCGCUAGAGGAUACGAAAGUUACACGUCAAAUGUCACAAUUCCAGAAUCGGGUUACGUCCAAUACAAUGUGACUUUGAUGAAGGACGACCCUCUACACUGGGCAAGCGCCUAUGAUUUUGGCAUAGGAGAAAAUCAGUACCAUCCCAAAUACCACACUAAUCAAGAUAUAUAUUCCAAAAUGGCUUAUUUAGAAAAUAAGUACCCUAAUGCUGCCUCUUUCAAAAGUGGCGAAGAUUACAUCUCCAUGGCUGUGCAUUCUUUGAUCAUCACAGACCAGCAUGUGGUGGAUGAUGACAAAAAGUUCCACAUCGGCGUGAUCGGGAACCUAUUCGCUACUCAACCGAUAGGCAGAGAGAUUGGAAUAUAUCUGGCACGCCACUUACUGGAAGGUUACCAUAUAGGAGAUUUUAAAAUUAUGAAAAUAUUGAAGAAUACUGUCGUUCAUGUCAUCCCGGUGAUCGACAAGGCCUUCGAACAGAUUUGGGGUGACUAUGAAAAAGAAGCUCUGGGAAACGUUAAGCCUGACAAGUAUUUGUGCAACAAUAUAUCUUCAGAUUUCAAGCAAGUUGGUGAGCAGCUGGUUACCAGCAGGGUUAGCAACCAUCAAGACACAAAAUCUGUAGCGAAUGCUCUCAAACAUCUACUUUUAGAACAAAAGUUUGAUUUCAUUUUGAAUAUCGAAGGGGGAUCCAGUGGAGUACUGUGCCCAAAUACCAAAGACCAAAUCCAGCUAUACAAAAAGAUAGCCGAACAAUACUUGUCAGUUUUAAAGUACCCUCCAGUUUGCAGUGGACCUGCAAAAGGAACAGAUGAACUUUUGACAGAAUACCUAUACCGCGAAUAUAAUGCACCAAUGUUAACCGCCAAAGUAAGUUGUUGCGAGUAUCCUGCGAUAGGUAAUAUUCCGUUCAUCUGGAGGGAUAAUUUGGAUGCUAUCAUGAAAGUUAUAUCUACAACUUUGACGGGUGUAGAAGGUGUAAUUCAAAACGUCUUGGGGGAGCCCAUGUUGAAUGCAACAAUUUCAGUUACUGGCAUGGAACUGCAAUUUGAUGUUACAAAACGAUUAGCUCAUUUCAAGAUUUUGCUGCUUCCUGGGCAGUACGUUUUAGAAAUAGCAUGCCAUAACUACCAGCCUGAAACUUUGCAUGUGGAAGUGGAGGAAGAAAAAGUAUUGUCACUGAAGGUUAUUUUGAAACGUGGCGAGGAAGAAGUAUACGGAGGUACAGUAGUGCAUCCUACCAAUGAACAAGAAUCUGUUACAGAUGGUUCAUUGAGAGAGCCUUUUAAAGGAUCUGUCAAAACAGGAAUCAAAGGUUACUAUUCUAUUCCAGAAUUUAAAAAAGUUAUGAGUCAUUAUGAUGCAUUGCACUUGACUCUUAAUGAUAUUUUUAGGUUAUAUCAAGGAUUACUCCGAUCAUCCAGUUCCAAACGCCAAAGUUACGAUUUUAGAAAACAAUUAUACAACUUUCUCCGAUUCGAAUGGAAAAUAUGGAAUUCCUGUGGUGCCAGGCAAGUACACGCUUGAAGUUACAGCAUCUGCUUACCACAAAAACGUCAAGUUGGUUGACGUGAAUGCAGUACAUACGAGUACAUUUCCAAAAGUGGUCAUCGUUAAAUUGAAGAGGGACCAAAAUUAUUUCGGAGUUCCAAGAUUGCCGUUUGUGUUACUCACAGGUUUCAUUUGUGCCAGUAUUUUCGGUUUAGGCAUAUUUUGUUAUGUGGCAUGUAAGAGAAAGAGAGCAAAAUACGAUCCAUUAUCACAGUAUACUUUCUAUGAGGAUUUUAAAGACCUUGACGAGACUAAGGAAAAUGAGCUUUUCAGAACACCACUACAAAAAAAGCCUCUCAUAAGGCCUUAUUACGAUGAUGAUGAGGAGGACGAGAAUAUUGACUAUCCUGAAGAUGCAGCUUCCAGCAGCUCUGACGAGGAAAUUGUUCUUCUGAAGAGUAACUAAUAUUUUUUUAUAACUCUAUAGUUCGUAGAUACCCAUUUACAAGUUUUAAUGCACAAACAUUCCACAAAAUCGAUGACAAUUUCUCGUUGCCCAAGAACUAUGUAUUAUUCUGUUAAUUUUAUUCUUAUAGCAAAAUUUGUCAUUUUGAACAAAAGCUAGAUCAUUCCACUUGACAGUAUUUUGAGAAAAGUUUUUGAUCUUCAUUGUUUUUAGAUAACUUUUAAGAAUACAAGUAGAAUUAGGGCAUAAAGUAUUUCCCACUUUCGAUUUGAACAUAUUUUUACUACAUUCGUGUUUGCUCUUAUGCCAAUUACCAGUGUGAUCUUUGAUACUAUGUUUGUAUAUUUUUUCAAAUGAACAAUAUAUUUUAUAUAUUCAUGUAAUUAUAUAUAUAUAUAUAUAUAUAUGUAUGUUAAAGAAUGCAAU